AUGGCUUUAGCCCUAGAGGCCUUCGGUUCCCAGGAUCCACCAGACACCAUAGUGCCCGCCGAAAUAUCCAGACAACCGCCAGCUCAGGAUCCAGAACCCUUUAAAUCCGUCCCCCACUCUAGCGCGGUGGACGCGCCUGCUUUCCCCCAGCUCCGCGCCGCAGGUGGAAUGGCCCGUGACGUCACGAAGGCGCGGCCCAAUCAGGCGCGGCGUCGACCUCGGGCCUCGGCGCCCUGGCCCGGUGACAGCGAGCGAGCUGCACACCUGCGACCUUCCCUGAGAGAAGAACUUGGAGAAGCUACCCAGGUUUACUGGAAAACUGACAAUAAUGCUAUUUAUCAAGUUGAUGGGAGUAAAUCCUUCAAUUUUGAUCGUGUAUUUCAUAGUAAUGAAACUACUAAAAAUGUAUAUGAAGAAAUAGCAGUGCCAAUCAUCGAUUCUGCCAUACAGGGUUACAAUGGGACCAUAUUUGCCUAUGGACAGACUGCUUCUGGAAAAACACAUACUAUGAUGGGCUCGGAAGAUUGUUUGGGCGUUAUACCCAGGGCAAUUCAUGACAUCUUCCAGAAAAUUAAGAAGUUUCCUGAGAGAGAAUUUCUCCUGCGUGUGUCUUACAUGGAGAUAUACAAUGAAACCAUUACAGAUUUACUCUGCAGUACUCAAAAAAUGAAACCUUUGAUAAUUCGAGAAGACAUCAAUAGGAAUGUGUACGUUGCUGAUCUCACAGAAGAAGUGGUUUACACAUCAGAAAUGGCUUUGAACUGGAUCACAAAGGGAGAAAAGAGCAGACAUUAUGGAGUAACAAAAAUGAAUCAAAGAAGCAGUCGUUCACAUACCAUUUUUAGGAUGAUUUUGGAAAGCAGAGAGAAAGGUGAACCUUCUAACUGUGAUGGCUCUAUCAAGGUGUCCCAUUUGAAUCUGGUUGAUCUUGCAGGCAGUGAAAGAGCUGCUCAAACAGGAGCUGAAGGUGUGCGACUCAAGGAAGGCUGUAAUAUAAACCGAAGCUUGUUUAUUUUGGGACAAGUUAUCAAGAAACUAAGCGAUGGACAGUUUGGUGGUUUCAUAAAUUACCGAGACAGCAAAUUAACUCGAAUUCUCCAAAAUUCCCUGGGAGGAAAUGCAAAAACACGCAUCAUCUGCACAAUCACUCCGGUGUCUUUUGAUGAAACCCUGACCACUCUGCAGUUUGCUAGCACUGCUAAAUAUAUGAAGAAUACUCCUUAUGUCAAUGAGGUGUCAAGUGAUGAAGCGCUCCUGAAAAGAUACAGAAAAGAAAUAGUGGACCUCAAAAAGCAACUGGAGGAGGUAAAUAUAAAGACUCGGGCCCAGGAAAUGGAAAAGGACCAGUUGGCCCAGCUUUUGGAUGAAAAAGAUUCACUUCAAAAAGUACAGGAUGAAAAGAUUCAGAACUUAACCCGGAUGCUGGUGACCUCUUCUUCUCUCACAUCACAACAAGAAUUAAAGGCUAAAAGAAAACGAAGAGUCACUUGGUGCUUUGGCAAAAUUAACAAAAUGAAGGAGUCAAACUAUGUAAACGAAUUUAGUAUGCCAGCAAAUGUGACAACAAGGACACACAGGAGCGCCGUCACCCUUUUGGGGGAAAUUGAUGAGUCUCUCUGUGUGGAGUCUGAUUUCUUCAGCGGUACUCUUGAUACGUUAACUGAGAUCGAGUGGAAUUCAGCGACAAAGCUACUAAAUGAGGAAAACAUAGAGAGUGAGUUCAACUCUCUUCGUGCUAAAUAUGAUAAUCUAGUAUUGGACUAUGAACAACUACGAAGAGAAAAUGAAGAAAUGGGAUUAAAAUUAAAAGAAAAAAAUGAUUUGGAUGAAUUUGAGGCUCUAGAAAGAAAAACUGGAAAAGAUCAAGAGAUGCAACUAAUUCACGAAAUCUCCAACCUAAAGAAUUUAGUUAAGCAUGCAGAAGUAUAUAACCAGGACCUCGAGGAUGAACUAAGCUCCAAAGUAGAACUACUCAGAGAAAAGGAAGCUCAGAUUAAGAACCUACAGAAAUUCAUAGACUCGCAGAAAGCAGAGAAUGCACAGUUGGCCUCGCCAUCCCCGUCGGAAAACAGUGAAGACCCAAAACAAAUGAGACAGUCUUUUUUUGAUGCUGAGACUGUAGCCCUUGAUGCCAAGAGAGAGUCAGCCUUUCUUCGAAGUGAAAAUCUGGAACUGAAAGAGAAAAUGAAGGAACUUACAAAUACUUGCAAACAAAUGGAAAUUGAUACUCGGUUAUAUCAAGGCCAGUUGGAGGCAAAAAAGAAAAUGCAAAUUGAUCUGGAGAAAGAAUUACAAUCUGCUUUUAAUGAAAUAACGAAACUCACCUCCCUUGUAGAUGGGAAACUUCCAAAAGAUUUGCUGUGCAAUUUGGAACUGGAAAGGAGGAUAACAGAUCUGCAGAAAGAACUGAAUAAAGAAGUUAAAGAAAACGAAGCUUUACAGAAGGAAGUUAACUUGCUGUCAGAGCUGAAAUCUCUGCCCUCUGAAGUGGAAAUGCUGAGGAAAGAGAUACAAGAUAAAUCAGAAGAGCUCUCUGUGAUAGCAUCAGAAAAAGACUGGUUGUGUUCCGAAGUAACUCAGAAGGAGAGCAGCAUUCAAGGUUUACUUGAAGAAAUUGGGAAAACUAAAGAUGACCUGGCCACCGCCCAGUUGAAUUACAAAAACACUGAGCAAGAAUUUCAAGAUUUCAAAAUCCUUCAUGUGGAAUUGGAGCAAAAAUAUAAAAGGGUCCAUGAGGAGAGUGUGAGAAUGAAGCAGGAAAUGGGAAGUCUCUCUGAAGAAACAGAGCACCUUCGUUUGAGCUUGGAUGCGGUGAAGACUGAGCUUUCUCACAACGCUCAGAAGGUUCAGCAGAAAACAGCCGAAGAUCAAGAAAGGGUGCGUGAGGUGGAACAGCUGAAGGAAGAGCUGGAAAGGAGAGGUGCCCACCUGCAAGCUGCAGAGGAGGAGAAGACGCUGGUGACUGAGAGGUUGCAGCAGAGUCUGGAGGCAGUGAGAAGCUUGGCCCAGGAGAAGGAGGCCCUGAGCCAGCUCCGAGACAGCCUGCAGGCUGAGCGGGACCAGCUCCGCGGUGACAUCCGGGACACGGUGAGCAUGAACAUAGACACACAGGAACAGCUGCGCAAUGCCCUGGAGUCUCUGAAGCAACACCAGGAAACGAUUAACACAUUGAAAAUGAGAAUUUCCGAGGAAUCAUCCAGGAAUUUGCAUACAGAGGAAAAUGUAUGCAAAACUGAGCAAGAAUUUCAUCAAAAGAUGAUUGGUAUGGAUGAAAAACAGAGUUUGGAAGCUGAAACAACUGGAAUUCUGAUUGCUGGUGUGAAGGACAGCAAGGUAGUUGAGCAGCAAAAGAAGAUGUGUUCUUUAAUACGAGAGAAAAAUGAACUCCAACGAAUCCUAGAAAGUAUUACAGCAGAGAAAGAACAGUUGAAGACUGAUCUAAAGGAAAAUAUUGAAAUGACCAUUGAAAAUCAAGAAGAAUUAAGAAUUCUUGGAGAUGAACUUAAAAGGCAACAAGAAAUAGUAGCACAGGAAAAGAACCAUGCCAUAGAGAAAGAUGAAGAGCUUGCCAGGACCUGUGAGAAACUGGCAGAAGUUGAAGAAAAGCUAAAGGAAAAGAAUGAACAACUCCAAGAAAAACAACAGCAGCUUCUUAAUACACAAGAGGAGAUGAGUGAGAUGCAGAAAAAGAUGAAUGAAAUGGAGAAGCUAAAGAGUGAGCGAAAGAACCAAGAAUCCAAGUUGGAACACCUGGAGAUGGAAAGGCUUGAGCUGACUCAGAAACUGCAUGAAAACUGUGAGGAAAUGAAAUCCAUAACCAAAGAGAGAGACGAUCUGAAGGAACUACGGGAGUCAUUGGAAGUAGAAAGAGAUCAGCUUAAAGAAUACAUAAGCAAAAUUGAAGCUGCAGGCCGACACACAGAACAGGAGCUCAGCGUCGCCCGUCUGCAUCUACAAGAACACCAGGAAACUAUCGCUGAGCUCAGAAGCAGCAUUGCUGAAAAGGAAGCUCAGAUAGGAAAUACUCAGGAGGACUUGGAGAAGUCCACCACCAAAGUAGGAGAGCAGGUCCCAGUGCCCGAUGAGGAGCAGAAGGUGCUUCCUACCGUGAAAGCAGGAGGUGAGAUUCAGGACACAGUGAGGGAGCUGGAGGCGCUGGAGGAACAGUCCACAGCCGCGGGUCUGACAGAAACAGAAAGGCUCAAGCUGAUAGAGAAAUUUCAGGAAAGCCAGGAAGAGAUAAAAUGUCUCAUGAAGGAAAAGGACAACCUUAAAAUGCUCAGAGAAGCUCUUGAAGCUGAACGGGACCAGCUGAAAGAAUACAUCAGAGAAAAUUCGGUUAAAAUCCAGGAGGCUCAAGACGAACAAGAACAGCCCUUCCAUAUAGGAGAACAGGGUGAGAGUCCUAGAGGAAGUGACACGGAGCAGCUGCAUGAGCAGCCUGAAGCCAAAGACGCCGCACUGCUAAGGGUAGAAAUGGAAAAGCUCCAGUUGUGCCAGAGACUUGAGGAAAGUCGCAACCAAUUGUCAUCCUUGGCUAAGGAGAGAGACGACCUACAGACGUGGCAGGAAGCGCUCCAGGCAGAGCGUGACCAACUCACAGAGCACGUCAGAGAGGUCAGCGAGAAACACCAGGAAACAGAAGUGGAGCUUAAAGUUGCCCGUUGCUGCCUGACAGAACGAGAAGAAACCAUUGAUGAGCUGAGGGCGCUGCUCUCGGAGAAGGAAACUGAACUGGCAGGCGUUAGGAACGGAUUAGAAGCAGCCAGCGAGGAAUUGCAGAAGAUCCGAGAGCUUUAUGAGAAACAGGAACAGCUUAUUAGUGUGAAAGAAACUAGCGAGACACAGGAAAAUAUGAAUGAACUGGAAAAAUUCAAGGAGCUUCUCAAAACCCAAGAUUCCACCUUGCAGGACAUAGAGAGCGACCGGCUCAAGUUGAGUAGGAGACUGGAAGAAAGUCAAGAAGAAAUAAAAAUUAUCAUUAGGGAAAGAGAUGAACUGCAAAGGGAGCAGGAGGCCCUUCAGUUGGAGAGAGAUCAACUGAAAGAAAACCUUAAUGAAACUGCAGCUAAACUCCGAGAACUUGAGGUAGAACAGCAGUGUCUCAGGGUAAAAGCUGCCAGCAAGACCCAGGAGACGGGGCGCGAAUCUGAGCACUUAAGAGAGCUGCUGGAGGCCCAGAGAUGGACUCUGGAAAACAUGGAAACAGAACACAGGAAGUUGGCCCAGAGGCUCCAUGAAAACCUCAAAGAAAUAAGAGCAGUCACACAAGAGAGAGACGAGCUAAGAAGUGUGCUCAGCAUGGACAGAGAGCGGCUCAUGGGAAACCUGGAGGAAGCCAAAGCAAGAGACCUGGAAAAACAAGAGGAAGUAAGAAUGGCUCACCUGCGUCUGAAAGAGCUGCAGGGAACGGUAGACGAACUCAGAGGGGCUGUUUCUGAGAAGACAGACGAGAUGGCAUCCAUGCGAGUGGACUUGGAAAACACAAACGCGGCCUUAAAAGAACAGGCCCAAGAACUUGAGAAGAAAGAACAUCAACUUCUUCAGGUAGAAAAUAAUCUCAAGGAAACCGUGUUUCACAUGGAGCAAUUGAAGAAGCAAGUAGAAGCUCAGAAUGCAACUCUGGACAGCAUGGAGAUGGAGAGAGUAAGACUGACGCAGAGCCUCUCGGAGAACCGAGAGGAAGUGCGGCUCCUCACUGAGGAGAACGGGAGCCUGAGAAGCGCGGAGAAAACCCUGAGAGAGGAGGACGAGCAGCUGCGGAAGAGGCUGUGGAGGACAGAAGCUGAGGUGCUGCAGAGGCAGGAGGAGCUCAGAGCCGCUCACAUGAGCCUGAAAGAGCACCGGGAAACCACCGAUGAGCUCAGAAGGCUUAUUUCGGAGAAGACGGAUGAAGUGUUGAGUAUGAAAGUGGACUUAGAAAAUUCCAGUGCUAAAUUACAAGAGAAGAUUCGAGAACUGAAGGCGAAUGAACAUCUACUUUUUAAAUUAAAAGAAGAUGUCGGUGAGACACAGACACAGCUCAAGGACCAGAGCUUAACGCUAAGUAAAAUGGAAAUGGAGAAUUUAAAUUUGGCUCAGAAACUUCAUGAAAACCUAGAAGAAAUGAAAUCUGUGGCAAAAGAAAGAGAUCGUCUGAGGAGCAUGGAGGAGGCGCUCGUGUUGGAGCGAGACCGGCUCAAAGAGGACCUGCAGGAGGCCUCAGCCAAAAGUCUGGAAACACAGCAAGAACUAAAAACUGCUCAUCAGCAUUUGAAGGAGCAACAAGAAACGAUUGAGAAAUUCAGAAAGAGGGUUUCAGAAAAGACAACUCGGAUUUCAAACAUUCAGACCACUUUAGAUCAGUCAAAACAUGAAUCACAGGAGAAGAUCCAAGAACUUCAGCAAAAAGAGCUUCAGCUUCUCAAAGUAAAAGAAGAUGUCAGUAAGAGUCAUAAAAAAUGGAGUGAAAUGGAACAAUUGAGGCAGCAGUUUGAGGCCCAGAGUGUACCAGUGCCCCCUGCAGAUGUGGAUAACUUCCACUUGACUAAGAAACUUCAGGAAAACCUAGAAGAAAUCAGGAUGGUAGCUAAGGAGAGCCGUGAGCUCAGGAGGAUGAAAGAGGCACUCGAAAGGGCCAGAGGCCGGUGCAGAGAAGCCGUGAGGAAAGUGGUAGCUAGAGCGGGAUCCGAGCUCUCCACUCGCCGUGAACUAUCUGACCGUCAGCCCCGCAGGGAGGCCAGGAACUCGGGAAGGAGGUCUCCGUGUAGUGGAGAGCAGCCUCUCGCCGGAAGCCUGAAGGAGAAGGGCCUCCGGAUAGGAGAGCUUCUGAAGAGAUACUCAGAGAUGGAUGAUCACUGUGAAUGCUUGAACAGAUUGUCUCUUGACUUGGAGAAGGAAAUUGAAACCCAGAAAGAGCUUUCAGCGAGAGUAAAAGCAAACCUCUCACCUCCACAUCCACAAAGCAAACAGAUUCAGAGACUUCUCACUGCCAGCCAGAGGUGCUCCAUGGAAUUCCACAGAGUCAUGAAGAAACUUAAGUAUGUGCUAAGCCAUGUGACAAAGACAAAAGAAGAGCAGCACAACUCCAUCAAUCAACUGGAAAUGGCUCUGGUUGGUGAAGUGGAAAAGCAGGAGGAGCUGCGUGCUGGGAUGCAGCCCCCACAGCAGACAGGCGAGGGGCUGGGCACAGAGUCCAGGGUCCACAGGCUGCACCAGCUUAUGGAUCAACACAUUGAGGAAAUUCUCAAAGACUUUUCAGAAAAUGACUUCUCCAGCAUAAAGAUUGAAUUUCAACAAAUACUGAGAAAUAGGAAAGAAACGACUUGGUUUUUGGAAGAGUGGCUGAGUACUCACUUUGACAUAGAAAAGCUUAAAGAUGGCAUCCAGAAAGAAAACAAUAGCAUUGGUCAAGUGAACCACACCUACAAUAACAAGAUAACUGCCAUCAUAAACGAGUCCACGGAGUUUGAGGAGAGAAGCAGUGCCAGGUGCAGAGAGUGGGAGCAGGACCUGGAGUCGGCGCGGGAGGAGAGCAGGGCGCUGGCCGCCUCCCUGGCGUUGGCCCAUGGUGACCCUGCCUCACGGGCCAGUGGGAGUCCUCAGGCACCCCCAGGAGCUGGGCAGCUGACCACACAGAAAAUUCAAGAACUGGAAAGUUCCCUGCGUGAAGCUGAAGAAAGUGCUGUGCGUAAGGAAGACGAGAUUAUAAAGUUGCAAAAAGAACUCAGAAUGUCUGGUGAUGUAAUAGCAAAACUUCAAGCCAAAGUUAAUGAGUCAAAUAAAGUCCUUGAAAGAACAAAUGACAUGAUCCAAGCACUUCAGGACAAACUUGCUUUGGGAGCGAAGCCAUAUAAGGAAGAAAUUGAAGACCUCAAGACGAAGCUGGUGAGGUCGGACCUGGAGAAGGUGCAGACUGCCAAGGAACACGAGCGGGAAAUUACUUCUGCAAAAGCCACUGAAGACCAUCAGAAAGAAGUAAUACGGCUGUUGAGAGAAAAUCUGAGAAGAAUUCAGCAGGCCCAAGAUACCUCGAUGAUCUCGGAGCCUGGUGACCCACAGCCUGCCCAGAAGCCCCUGACCUGCGGUGGGGGCAGUGGCAUCGUGCAGAACACGAAAGUGCUCAUUCUGAAGAGCGAGCACCUGCGGCUGGAGAAGGAGCUGGCGAAGCUGAAGCAGCAGAAUGAGCGGCUGGCGCAGCAGAGGGGCGAGCUGCUGAGCAAUAACCAGCAGCUGUCUAAUGAGCUCAAGGCCUGGAAGGAGAAAGCCGGCAAGCGGGAGGCUCACUGCAAAGUGAGCUGUGAGGCUUUGCCCAAGUCGCCUGCUCGGGUGCCGGGAGCAGGUGCCACGCGGAGGCCCAGCGUCCCUGCCCAGUGUAGAGAGCGGACCUCGCAGGACCCUGUGCCCCAGGACUCACCCAAGUCGCGAUUUUUUGACCCCCGCUCCAAAUCUUUCCCGGCCCCGCGUCCAGCUCACUACUUUGACAACUCGAGCCUAGGCCUUUGCCCAGAGGAGCAGGCUGUGGGCACAGAGAACGUGGACCCCAGGUUCCUGCCCAGUGCCCCUCUCAGGGACACACCGGAGUGCAGGAUGCAGUAGGCCCUCCGCCAGUAGGCCCAGCCUGCCGGGACCCGGGCUCACCGCGCAGCCCUCACGGUGGUGUCAACGUCCAGCAGAAGCUCGGCUUGGUGCUCACUUGGUCACUGCGAUUGGAAGAUGAAGGAACAAGAAUCAUUGAGAAUGACAGCAAGACCUUCUUGCAUGUGAUGCUUUUAAAUGUUGGCCUGUUUUAUUUAUUUAUACAAUGUAAAAUAUAAAGUUACUGAGGGAAAUUUCAGCCUGUCGGCAUAGGCACAAAAUAUACACAGCUGUUAUUCACAUAUGACUUCUACAUGAACAAAAUUAUAAAGUC